AAGAAGAAGAAGAAGAAGAAGAAGAAGAAGAAGAAGAAGAAGAAGAAGAAGAAGAAGAAGAAGAAGAGAGAAGAAGAAGAAGAAGAAGAAGAAGAAGAAGAAGAAGAAGAAGAAGAAGAAGAAGAAGAAGAAGAAGAAGAAGAAGAAGAAGAAGAAGAAGAAGAAGAAGAAGAAGAAGAAGAAGAAGAAGAAGAAGAAGAAGAAGAAGAAGAAGAAGAAGAAGAAGAAGAAGAAGAAGAAGAAGAAGAAGAAGAAGAAGAAGAAGAAGAAGAAGAAGAAGAAGAAGAAGAAGAAGAAAAGAAGAAGAAGAAGAAGAAGAAGAAGAAGAAGAAGAAGAAGAAGAAGAAGAAGAAGAAGAAGAAGAAGAAGAAGAAGAAGAAAAAGAAGAAGAAAGAAAAGAAGAAAAAGAAGAAGUAUGAUAAUGAUAAUGAUGAUGAUAACAAUGAUGAUAAUAAUAUUAAUAAUAAUGAUAAUUCUCCCUUACUACCAAGCGCCUACUCCGCCACCUCACACCAAUGGGACUCGGAUGACAAGCUGUGGCGUUCCUCUCUGUCCUCUCAGCACCUCUAA